CGCGCCGCCGCCGCGGCCUGUGGAAGCGCCGCGGUCCGCUCCCGCAGCCCCGCCAUGUACCCGGCCUGGGGCUUGUACGGGGCGGCGGGGCACUACCCGCCGCCGCCGACCUCCAUCCCGCCCCCGCCGCUGCCCAUCCCUCCCCCCAGCGUGCCGCCUCCCGCCGUCCCGCCGAUGCCGCUCCCCAGCUACCCGCCGCCGGGCCCCGCGCCCCCACCCGCCGCUACCGCCGCCGCCCCGCCGCCGCCGCCCGCCGGUACCUCGGGGUUCCUGAGCCUGCAGGAGCAGCACCUGGCGCAGCUGCAGCAGCUCCAGCAGAUGCACCAGAAGCAGCUACAGUCCGUGCUGCUGGGGCCGCCGCCGCCGCCGGGGCCGCCCCCUCCGGGGCUGCCGCCGCCGCCGCUGCCCGGCUCCUUCACCGACUGGCAGCAGCCGCCGCCGCCCGUGCCGCCGCCGGUCCGCAGCUACCAGAAGCAGUUCGCCCACCGCGAGCCGCCGCCGCCGACCCGCAAGCCGCCCGCCGCCGCCCGGGAGCGCGACGGCCAGGAACCGCCGGGCGGCCACGGCGACUGGGGCGAGCCGGUGCCCUCCUCGCCGGUGCCCAUGGACAUGGAGCUGUCCUCGCCGCCGCAGUCCCCGCAGCCCGCCGCCCAGCCCUACCUGCCCCCCGCCCAGGCCUACCUGCCGCCCCCACAGGCGGAGCCCUACCCGCCCCCCGCCCAGCCGCCGUCGGCCCAGUCCCCGCCGCUCCAGCCGUACCUGUCCCGGGCGCAGGCCUCCCAGCCGCCCCCCUCCUUCUCCGAGCCCCCGCCCUCCUACCUGGAGCCCCCGCCGGCCACCGCCUCCCAGCCCUACCUGCCGCCCCCUGCGCAGGGCUACAUGGCGCACCCCCAGCCCUACCUGCUCCCCUCGCAGGCCUCCCCCUCGCAGGGGGCGCAGCCCGGCCUGGCCCCCUCCAUCCCCCCCCCUGCCAAGCCGUCGCAGGCCCAUUUCCCCCCGCCCCAGCCGUCCCUGCCCCUGCCCGCCGCUGCCCAGCCGGAGGCCGCGCAGGGCGCCGCCAAGGAGGCCGGGGGCGCCGAGCAGCCGGACCCCUCCACCAUGACUCCCCAGGAACAGCAGCAAUACUGGUACCAGCAGCACCUGCUUAGCCUGCAGCAAAGAGCAAAAGCCCAUGCUCAGGGACAGCAGCAAAUGAAAGGUCCAGUAGUGAAGGAUUCAUCUGAGCAGAGAGCAAAGUCUGAAGAAGGGAAAAUGAGUGCUUCAACUCAACAGUCUGAACCUCCUCCGCUUAAUGAAUCCCUGCCUCCAGCUUCCAAAGACGAUGAGUCUUCUCUUACAUCCACUGAAACCCAGCUCAAUAUUGAACCUCCUGAUGACCCUGAGGAAGAUUUGAGAUUGCAGCAACUGCAAGCAGCAGCAGCUCAGUGGCAGCAGCAUCCCCAUCACCGGGUUGGAUUUCAGUAUCAGAGAAUAAUGCAGAAACAUGCCCAGCUGCAGCAGAUAGUACAGCAGUAUCAACAGAUUAUGCAACAGCCUCCACAUUUACAGACAAUGUCAGUGGACAUGCAGCUGCGACAUUAUGAGGCACAGCAAAAACAGUUCCAGCAGCUUCAUAAAGAUUGGGAGCGAUCAAUGAACCAACAGUGGCAGCAUCAGCUUCAAACCUACCCUCACAAAGACCAGCUUCAAGAGUAUGAGAAACAGUGGAAAGCAUGGGAUGAACAGAUGAAGGUGACUCAGUCCCACCUGCAGGAGAAAGUGAGCUCACUCCAAAAUCUGAAGAACCAAUAUCCUGCAAAUGUUUCGCUGCCACCUCCAUUUGUUCCAUAUUCUCAAACCACUCAAGGUGGCAUUCCUAUUAUGCCUCCAACGUUACCUUCAACUACACCUCCGCUGGUGCCCCCACCUCUCUCUUCUCAGUUACCCAACUCCUCUGCCCCUUCAGGAUCCAGUUCUCAAAGCAGUCAAUCUACUGAAACACCAAGGCCAGCUCUGCUUCCAACCCCUGGUACCUAUGCAUCAAAAAUAGCAAGUUCAACUGUCUAUUCGUCUUACCAUUCUCAAGUAGGUUCAUCCUUUGGCUCUUCAGACCAUGGAAAGUCUCAAGUUCAUCUUGGUAAACAGAAUAUUUCAUCUGAGCAAGGAUGUGGGGAUCUGAAAGGCACUUCUGCAGUGUCUUCAACGCAUGCACCUACCAUGCAGGAUAAGCCAGUGAGGUCGGGUGGAUUGCUUCCAGAUCCUCCCAGAUCAGCUCGUUUUGAAGGCCCCAGAGGCCCUAGGUUUGAUCGACCUCGAGGAAGAGGAUAUGACAAAUUUGAAGGCUCCAGACAGAGAGGGCCUCGUUUUGACUCCCAGCGCUCAGAAGGAUACCGGUCGCGUUUUGACCGCCAGAAUACAGAUGGACAGUCUUCAAGUAGGUGGGGGACUAUCCCACGAGGACCAGCAGCACAGUUUUAUACUUCAACAAAUGCAUCACACGGACAUGGUUCCCGACCUAGCGGCCCACGGUGGAUGGGGCCCAGGCCUCAUUUGGGACAGCAGCAGCAGUCACAGGCAGACUCACAGUCAGAAAACAAAGAACCUUUUACAGAUGUAGCUGGCAACCAGCAGUCCGUAAGCAGAACACAGUCUACUCCAGAUGCACAGAGUGCAGGUUCCGUUGAGCCAAAUGAGGACCUGACAAGCACUCAACAGGAGCCAUCCAAACCCGAAGUUAAAGAAACUAUUUCAGACCCGCCCAAAAAGUGGACGUGGAGUUCACACGAUCCUAACCAGCAAGUAGAAGAGUCCAAAGCACCUACUUCACCUAUUCAGAGCCAGAAAUCCGCAACCCUUUCUAGUAACCCUGUAGCUUUGCAAUCAGGUAUUGCAAGAACAGGCGGUGCGGUAACCCCCGUCACAGGAAAUCAGGAUUUGGAUUCACCAGAUGACCAGUUGAUGGCUUCAGAUAGCACGCAGGGUCUGCCCGGCCCAGAAGGCAGAGGGAAAGGGCCCUUUAUACAUGAAGAUAGAGGCAAGGGACCAGUAAGCAGGGGAAGGGGCCAGGGCAGGCUGGAUGAUGGCCGUGGCAGAGGGCAGGGGGAGGGCCGUGGCUGGGGAAUGGGCCGUGGCCGGGGGAUGGGCAGGAUGGAUGGUGGCCGGGGAAUGGGCAGGAUGGAUGGUGGUUGGGGAAUGGGCAGGAUGGACGAUGGCCAUGGCCGGGGGAUGGGCAGGAUGGAUGAUGGCCGUGGCAGAGGAUACGUGUACAGAGGCAGAGGGCAGGCUAGGCAGGCAUCCAUCCGUGGCAGAGGGAUGUUCAGGAGAGCAGGCAGCAGGGAGAGGAUGCCAGAUAGGCGGUCAGGCAGCAGGGAGAGGAUGCCAGACGGGCGGUCUGGCAGCCGAGAGAGGGGACUGGGUGGACGGUCAGAUAGCCAUGAGAGGGUGUUCUGUAGCCGAGACAGAGAGCUAGCUGCACGGACAGGCAGCCGGGACAGGGGACGGGCAGGCAGCCGGGAGAGAGGCCUCGUCAGGCGGGCGGGUAGCCGGGAGAGAGAGCCCAUGCGGCGGGCGGGUAGCCGGGAGAGAGAGCCCAUGCGGCGGGCGGGUAGCCGGGAGAGGGUCCCUGUCAGGCGGGCAGGUAGCCGGGAGAGGGUCCCUGUCAGGCGGGCAGGUAGCCGGGAGAGGGGCCCGGUCAGGCAGGCAGGUAACCGGGAGAGGGGUCCCAUCAGGAGCUGUGAGAGGGAAGCGGGAAGAUCGGACACAAGCAAUAUAGAUAAACCCAUUCACCUAGGAGAUGACCCUGACAAAUUGCCUCCAUACCAUCGAGAUGAGACGCUCAGGGGUUCUUGGGGUCAUGAAGAUGAUAGAAUGCAGGAGGAAUUUCCUUUAGAUAGUCAAGAUGACCCUUCUUUGGAGCAUGAACGAUUGGAUGACUGGGAAAGAGAACGAUACUGGAGAGAUCACAACUCUGAUUAUCAGGAUGAUUCUGUAGAUACAUAUGACAGAGAUGACAGGUUGCAAUCCCACCACUCAUUGCCUCCAUUAUCUCCCCUACCACCACUACCUCCUUUAUCAUCUGAUCGUGACAGACGAGAUUCUUGGUGGGAUGACUGGAAAAGGCCAAGAGAGAGGGAACUAGAGAGGGAUCUAGAUAGGACUGGAAGAUCCUCAGAUAUGUAUGAUCAAGAUAUAGACCGAGAGUGGGAUAGAGACUGGGACAUGAGACCUAUGGAUGACAGAGAAAUGGGGAAUCGUGACCUGGAUAUUCCCCCUCUACCACCAUUACCACCUCUUCCACCUCUGGACAGAUACCGUGAAGAUAGGUGGAGGGAGGAUCGGAACAGAGAUCAUUAUGACAGAGACCUCCGAGACAGGGGGGAGCUGAGGAUUCGAGAAUAUCCAGAAAGAUACGACACAUGGCGGGAGAAGCAAGACUACCUUCCUGAAAGGACUGACUGGGAGAGGGAACGGUUGUCAGAUAGGUGGUACCCAGAUGAUGGAGACAGAAUGCGGUCUUUGGAUGAUCAUUCAGAUUCAUCCCUUCCUCCACCUUCACAUUCCUCUGAUAUGCUGGGAGCAGAUUCAAACCUGGACUCAGACCAGUCCUUGGGAGGAGUGAUGGUCCUUAGCCAAAGACAGCAUGAGAUAAUUCUGAAGGCUGCCCAGGAACUCAAAAUGCUUAGAGAGCAAAAAGAACAGCUACAGAAGCUGAAAGAAUUUAAACCUGACAUUUCCACGCAGGACUCUCCGAGAUCACAGAACACGAGCACAAGGCCAGGUGCCUUUCAGGUCUCUUCUCAGCUAUCUUCAGAGGCACCAGUAGAAGCCCAAGCUAUUAAACCUUCUCCUGCUGUUAUUAUAAAGCCUCCCGUGUUGUUCAGACAGCCCACCCCUGUGACAAGACCAAGUGCCCCACUGACAAGGCCUGCUACACCUAUGACAAGGCCACAUGCUCCAGUUUCUACUCCAACUACAACCCCAAGUCAUGGUCAGUCUUUAAAACCAUCACCUUCUACUGUGGAACAGGAACGCUGGGAUGAGGAUUCUUUCCACGGACUGUGGGACACAAAUGAGGAUAAAGGAGCAAAUAUGGAGUACGAGUUGUGUAAACAGGAGUCAAUGAUGCCUCCACCUGUCUCCUCGCCUGUGAAAGUACCUGCUGUUCACACCCCUGUUCCGUCAGCCGUACCAGUGUCCCUUCCUCCAGUUAUUCCACCGGUUCCUAAAGCACCUGUAAUUCAGCAGACUGUGGAUUAUGGCCACGGGCGAGAUAUAACCACCAGUAAAGUGGAACAGAUUCCAUAUGGGGAGAGGGUGACCCUGCGACCAGAACCUCUACCAGAGAGACAAACAUUUCAAAAAGAGCACCCUGGUCGUUACAACAGAGAAAGAGAUCGUGAGCCUUAUUUUGAGCGUCAAGGUAAUUCCAACACAGAUCAUCGGGAUUUCAAGAGAGAGCGGGAAUUACACAGAGACCGUGGUCCUGUGGACUAUGAACGAGAGAGAUUUGAAAAAGAGCGGCAUCCCCGAGAUGAUAGGGUUCUUCCUCCUACACCUUCAAGGACUCAGUCUUACCGUGACAAGAAAGACCAUCCCUCCUCCAGGCGGGGUGGUUUUGAAAGACCACCAUAUGAACGAAAGACAGAUCGUCCAGCAUAUGAUCAUGGUCCUUCCAUGUUUGGAGAAAAUUCUUCUGUCCAAACACUGGAAUUUGAAGGUGAUCGUAGAAAUUACCCUGAGGAAAGGAUUCCUAUUUCUGCUCCUUCAAUGCCCCGUCAGCCACCACCUGCUCCACGAGUGGAGAGGAAGCCAGAAUCUAAAAAUGUAGAUGAUAUUUUGAAGCCACCAGGACGGGAUAGCAGGCCAGAGAGGAUUGUAAUCAUAAUGAGAGGGUUGCCUGGCAGUGGAAAGACACAUGUAGCAAAACUCAUCAGGGAUAAGGAAGUAGAGUGUGGAGGACCUGCACCAAGAGUCCUCAGCCUUGAUGACUAUUUCAUCACUGAAGUGGAAAAAGAAGAGAGAGACCCAGAUACAGGGAAAAAAGUGAAAAAGAAGGUGAUGGAGUACGAAUAUGAAGCUGAUAUGGAAGAGACCUAUCGUACCAGCAUGUUUAAAACUUUCAAAAAGACCUUGGAUGAUGGCUUCUUUCCCUUCAUUAUCCUUGAUGCUAUCAAUGAUAGAGUGCGACAUUUUGAACAGUUUUGGAGUGCUGCAAAAACCAAGGGGUUUGAGGUGUACUUAGCUGAAAUGAGUGCGGAUAACCAGACGUGUUCCAAGAGGAAUAUUCAUGGACGCAAGCUAAAGGAAAUCAGCAGGAUGUCUGAUCACUGGGAGGCAGCACCACGUCACAUGAUGCGCCUGGACAUUCGUUCUCUAUUGCAAGAUGCUGCUAUCGAAGAGGUGGAGAUGGAGGAUUUUGAUGCAAAUAUUGAAGACCAGAAAGAAGAAGUCAAGAAGGAUUCAGCAGAGGAGGAAGAAAGUGAACUGGGUUACAUUCCGAAAAGCAAAUGGGAGAUGGACACUUCUGAGGCAAAGCUAGAAAAGAAUGUUCUGAAAUGAUGCUUUGUGGUAGGCUUUUGACACUUCUGUAGUGUGUCUACUGCAUGGCACCUGUGCUUUGAACCACGAUAGUAUGGAUGGAAGCAGAUCCCUCUGGAAAGGCAAUCCAACUUCAUACAUGGAAGGAGAUCACAUUUUAAAAUAAAUUCUUUGUAGCAGUAACAAAAAGGAUCAGAGGGGAACUUCACACCCUGAAUGCCUCCUGAACUCCUCUGUUGAUGUGUGAGAACUACACAUUUCUUGGCGAUAUUUUCAGUUGGCCUGUGUGCAGCAGGGAGGGGGGAGAACGAACUCUUUUCUUCCACACUGGUGACGGGAUGAGCUUGCAUCGUAGCACAUUGCCUUCCAACAGGAAUAUGUCUCUGUACAGAUACUUGCCAAGAGAGAGCUCCUGAAUUUUCAGUUCUUCAUGUUCCUAAAUGCUCCCCAAUGCGUUUGUUGCUCUCCUUUUCAAUGUUUUGGGUUGGGUUGUUGUUUGGUUUUUUUUCUGGAAACCCUUAUGCUAUGAAUGGUCUGUGCUGAUUGUUCUGAGAGUAAUACUGAGGAGCAGUGCAAGUAUGUUACAUGCUGGAGUAACAGGGGAAUAUUGUAUAAAUUAAUUUUGUCUUCUAGAGCGAGUGCCGUCUUUCUGUGGAGAUUGAGCUUCAAAUUUGGCAGAUAUAACUUAGAGCAAAAGAAGAACCUUAACUGAAUUGUGUCACAAGAUACCACGUAACAGAUACAAAUAUCCUGCACUGUUAUGUUGACUUUUAUAAAAGGCAGAGGGGGAUUAAAACGUUUUCUUAGCAGAAAUUCUUUAUCUGUUCCAGGGAAAUGGGGCAAAGGUGGAGUCUUUAAAAACUCUAGAGUUGUAUGAGGGAGAAAUUACUUCAUUAGUUUAUGGCAUUUAAAUUAUACUGGCAUGUCUGCAUCACCAUUGCCUCACAUUAUCUCCGUUGUUGCUCUUUUCUCUCUCAUAUUAAGAAAAAAAAACAACUCAUCUCUGAACUGAGCUUCUUUAAAUACAUACCUUUGAACAUCCUCUUCUGCUGUCCAGAAAAUAUGCUGCCUUCUAUUUGGUUGAAUUCUGAGGCCUUUUGUGGGUGAAUUUAAUUACAUCAGUGACUUCUGAAACAAUGUUACUGACAUCACUGGAAAUGGUUUACAGAAUAUAACUGCCAAGCUUAGUGUUCCUUCUGCAUAUACUUGAAUUGUUGUCCUAUAAAAUGGUAGCAUACAUCGACAGAAGUACUAGGAUUUGCUCUGACUUGUAAAGCUGAUUUUCGUUUUCAGGCUUUAUUGUUCGUAAUAUUACAAUGAAUACUUCAUCUUUCUAAAAGCAGUUUGCCACAUUAUUUCAAGAAUGUGUUGUUUUUUCACUGAAAAUAAGUGUCCAAAGAGGAACAAAAUUUUAGAACCUAGGAAUGGAAUUGUUUCUUCUCAUGCCUUAUCGAUUCAAUAAGAAAAAGAAGAAAAUUAUGACUGUGGGACAAACACUGCUCAAAUAUUCAUGACUGACCUCUUACACCAUGAAACAAAAGAUUCUGAGAGGGUUUUUUUCCGAUCCUGGAGGAUUUUUUGAGUGUGUUUUCCUUGUGGGGAGAGAAAAAGUAAGGGGGGGGGUUGGGGGGCGGGGAUCAGGGUUUCCAAGGAGCUUUUUGUUUAGCAGAAACAGUAUCUCAAAAAACUUGUCUUUGAUGCGUUAAUUUCUAUGAUCGUCACUUGUUCCCUGAUACUGCAUGUAUGCCGUGUUUGACACAGUAUUAAACCCCAAAUUUGGGGAAAAUGCUACAGCUUUAGUAUUGUGUUCAAAUACAGAAAGGUGGAUAUGUGGUUCCUAGCUAUUUGUGGCUACAUUGUACCUGUAAGGACAGACUCCAUAUAGUGUGAAUAUCCAGAAGAACAAGCUUUUUUCCCUCAUACAAAUAACAAGACUGAGUGUUAUUGCCACACAGUUAAUGUGAAAGAUCAAUAAAACUUGAAAAUGC